GCUGCUCUCCGCCUUCCCCUCCCCCAACAACCUCUGAAAACAUCGUCACUUCCACACGCAAGCAGGAAAGGGAAUCACAACCUAUCAGGACUCAAAGAAGGCCCCUGCCGUUUUUCCUUCUCUUCUUGACUCUUCGUAUUCUUCUUCUCGUGCACAUGUCCGUUAGUUUAGAGUCCCUCCUCCAUCAACCGGUGUGCUGCCACACCGCACACGGCGACGAGUACCGCGGCACGCUGGAAGCCUUAGACGGCAGCUUCGAUGUGGUGCUGUCGCGGUGCACGCGGAGCCGCGGCCCGCCCGGUCACGCACCCGAGCCGGUGGUAUUUGUCCGUGGAGAGAACAUCGUCUUCAUCGGGUUUGAUGAAAGCGUCACCCUCAAGUAG